AUAGGAGACGGAAGUAUUUUUUUUCCAACUCAAAUAGAUGAAUUUUAGUUGUAAAUAAUUAUUUUAUUUAUUAUUUAUGUUAAAUAUCACGAACUAUAAAGAAUGAAAUAUUUAAAUAAAUAAAAUAAAAUUUACUUAAAUGCUUUUUAAUUUUCCCCAAACCCGGAAGUAAAGGGAACUUAUGUACGCCGUUUUCCACGACCGUAUUUAGUGUUUUGUUUUCGUUCGAUAUUUAUUGUCAAAAUAGCCCACAUAUUAAACCAAGAAACAUAAAUUAGUGAAAUAAAAAAAGAUUUAAAAAAAAACACACAAUUAUGUCACGAGGAUAUAAUCACAGAAGGUUCAGAACCGCACAGACGAUUUAUUUUUAAAAGAUAAACCGGAUAUGAUUGCCUUCCUCCCAGGGUUCUACUUGACCACGCGAGGGGCCAGUUUGUGUGACGUAGACACCGGCGGCGAGUCGUCCCAAGUCCUUCCACAUUCAGACGUUUUCUCGAAACUAUGAGGAGAAUGCAGUCUUCAAGGAGUGAGAGUGACUGGCAAGGACUGUUGAGCGAGUUCCUGGUGUGUAAGCGCAAGCUGGAGAGCAAAAAAGAGGCCCUCCUCAUUCUGUCCAAGGAGCUGGACACGUGUCAGCAAGAGCGAGACCAGUACCAGCUGAUGGCCAACCAGCUCCGAGAGCGCCACCAAGGGCUCAAGAACAAGUACAGGGACAUCAUUGACGGUGACCCGUCUUUACUGCCGGAGAAACGCAAUCAGGUGAACCUCGCCCAGCUGCUGCGAGACUCUAAGGAGCGCGCGAGGCAGCUCGGCGAGGAGGUCAAGGAGCUGAAUCAGCGGCUUCUGGAGGCUCAGGGGGACAACAAGCUCCUGCGAAUGACGAUCACUCGACAGCGGCUGGGCGACGACGAGGUUGGCGCGCGCCACUUCGCCGCGCACGAACGUGAAGAUCUGGUCCGACGGCUGGAGAGGGCCGGCCAUCAGAUGGAAGAGAUGGAGCACAACGCAAAGGCACUGGCGGACGAGCUGCACGACGUGAAGGCGGAGCGCGGCGUGUACCGCGACAAGGCCGAGCGACUCAAUGUGGAGCUCAACCACGUCCUGGGCAACCGGGACUCGCGCAUCGUGGACGUGGAUGCGCUCUGCAUGGAAAACCGUUAUUUGCACGAGCGGUUCAAACAGCUGCAAGCGGAGGUGAACCUGCUGAAAUCCAACAUCAUGAAGUACAAGAAUGCGCUGGAGAGGAGGAAAAACUCCAGUGGUUACCAGAAGGCACACAGCAGUCCGGUCAAGGGGGUCCUCUCUGCCGAGCGAGUGGAGGAGAUGCUUCUGGAAGAGCAAGGCUGCAGCCUCCCGGCCACGCCGCAGUCCAUUUCGGACCUCAAGUCGCUGGCCACGGCGCUGCUGGAGACCGUCCACGAGAAGAAUCUCGUCAUCCAGCACCAGCGGCACACCAACAGAAUCCUCGGGAACAGAGUUGCCGACUUGGAAAGGAAGCUGAAGACGUUGGAGGUUGCUGGUUUUUGGAGUCUUCCAGGUCUGACCUACCGCGUUUCCGUGGGAAUUGGGAGAACUCGGGACGAGGCGACAUCCAACGAGGGCCACCCGCCGGGGCUUUAUCCGAUGCAGGCGGAGUCUCGGCAGCCCCGUCUCCCCGCAGUGUUAUCACACGACACAAGUUUCCAUGAAUCAUUGUGGGAGUGCCACACGGCUAGUAGCGACCUUGGCACAGAUGGCGCGCCACAGCUGGCGGCGGUGCAGACGAACGGGAUUGACGGCAGAGGAGGAAACCCGGCGACCUCGGCGGAGGAACAUGGACCGAGUCCCGUGGAGGAGGCGGGACGGGAGGCCGAAGAGGAAGACCCGGCGGCGACCGUGGAGGAGGGCGAGGAGGCGGCAGUAGCGCUGGACGCCUCGCCCGGCCGGUCGCGACUUUCCUGGCAGAACCGCAACUCCCAGGAUGCACUGGGAUACCGCUUUGAAUCGGACUUGCCGAACAUGUGCCAAGUGGACAUCCGAUUGUGUCAUCACGUGGCGUGAUGUCGUAGUUCAGUUCCUCCGAGAACAUAAAUAGCAGUGACGACUCUGCGUAACUUCCGCUAACAACCCGGGCUAAACGUAGCUCAUAGCUCCUCCCCAACAUACAAAGAUGUUAAAUAGGGAUGUGUCACUUCAACGUCUUGACACUUUUCUAUUAUCCAGUGCUUUGGCGCCAUCUUGUGGCAUUUUAGGUUGUUCUAGAAAGGUGACAAAUGCCAGAAUGGGAGAGUUUUUCCGCAAAUGACAGAGUAAAGGUCCCCCGCCCCCAAAAAAAACACAAAUAGGUGACUUUGUGAAUUGUCGAACACUUUCAUCUUCCUCUUGAGGGACGCGAAUGAAUCUUUUCCGUCCGUGUCUAUUCACGAGCCAUUUCAGUGUGCCUUAAUGUUGACUUCCACCAAGACGCGCCGUACCCAAAUCCCACCUGUUCCGUCUCCGAGCCGACGCCCACCUCGCACAGUGAGCCGGCGGCGAGCCCCUCGUCCCCUCCCCCUCCCCCCUACAACACCCUCCAGUCCCCCGCACGCAGGUGACAGCUGGCCUCUCCACGCAAAACACCAGAAUCCAUGAAGUGCUUACGCGGCGCAACUUCCUAUUUUUAAUCCCCACGCCACGAAAUAAAUUGGAGCGGCGGUGUGAACCCGGCGCCAGCCAGCUGAUUUGGCACGCCGCUAAGAAUCUCUUUCCUCCCCGAGGAGUGCAAGUUCCUAAACCAGAUGGAGGGUGAACUAAUGAAGUUGUAAGACGAUAUCAGCUCUCUUUUGGAUUCCUCAUCAGGAAUUUUUGCAUGCCUUGAAGACAGCGAAGGAGAUUUACAAAAACAAAAAACAAAACAGCAUUUUGGCAAGAUCCUGUAAGGAGCUCUUGUGGGCUUGUGUGACAUACAUCAAGUCACCGUUUCCUGCUAAGAUGUCUGACAACAACAUCCGAGCUCGCAGUAUGAAUUGAAUGGAAAAGUUGUGGGGAAAUAUACUUAAAAAAAAAAUAAAAAAAAUGUUGCAAUAAAAGGACAAAAAAAUGUCUCAGAAUGAA